CACAGUUGGCUAGUGCGCGUCAUAGCGGAAACUGUUUUUGUCUUGUGGUAUUUUCGGUAUUUUAGUUUAUGAUAAUAUAAAUGGCAGCUGAAAAUCAAAUUGAUAAUGACAUCGUUUUUGUCAUACAAACAAAUCCAGAAGAAGGGCAGCAUACUAAUGAAAAAGACGACAUACCGGAACUAAGGAAACUUUUUGUGGAAGAUUGGGACCUGGAUUCAACUGUAUAUGACAUCCUGAUCGAUCACAGAAUAACCUUACCUUACUUAAAAAUCGUGGAUCAUAAGGCACUGGACGACAUAUUUUCAGUUCUAAAGUGGAACGGUCACAAGCAUGCGCUUCGUGCAAAACUAAAAAAAUGGAAUGAUUCUGUUCGGUUUCGAACACAGGAAUUGCCUGCCGGUAGCCAUAUGAACGAACUAGUUCCUUCAAGACCCCGAAGUGAAAAAGACUGCACUUUUCAUCCAGGAUCAUUCAAGCACAAAUUACUCCCAACAGCUGAUACAAACAGCUUAUUGCUCGAUAUUUUACCGAGAAAUGAAAAGGGAAAAAUUGUUUCCCAAUACUACGAGAAAAAUCAUAAGUUGGAGGAUGAACACAAGCGCUCUUUGGCUCACACUAUAGUUGAUUUUUACACUGCCAACAAUGAGUACUUUCAUCUUCCGGACAUGGAACGUUUCGCACAAUUGAUUGCAGCCCGAUUUUCAACGGAAAUAGCAGAGACCUACUACAAUCCUCGUGAUUCAGUAGCUGGAAAAUUGCACCCUUCUGGACUAUUGUAUGACCGAUUCCACAAGCGUAACAAAACUAUUUCCGCUAAACGUCGGACAAAAGUUUUUGAUCCUUGGAAGAAAUACAAAUCCAAAACAUCAGACCUAUCAUCGGAUUGUAAGAGCCAUGUUAGAUUUACUUGUUUUAAUAGUUAUUGGGUUGUUUCUCAAUUGUUUCGAAGUUAAUACGACCCAUAAACUACUGCGUUGUUGAAAACAUCAAC